AUGACUGUGUCCGACUCUAAUAAUGUGGUCUUAGGACUGCGUCUCUCCGACACCCUAAUAGUGUUGAGCGGGACGAUGCUCAGUCUAUACCUUCUCUAUCUCUGGUUGCUCCCCAAGCCCAUCCCCGGCAUUCCUUACAACAAGGAGGCAACAUCGAAACUCUUUGGCGAUAUCGAGUCUAUGGUCAAAUACACCUCCGAGACGCAGGAGCUCUACCAAUGGAUUAUAGAGCAGAAUAUCAAGCUUAAAUCCCCUAUUAUCCAGCUCUUCGCUCGUCCUUUUAGAAAGCCAUGGGUUAUCGUAACAGACUUUCAAGAGACUCGAGAUGUUAUGCUGCGGCGAUCGAAAGAAUUCGAUAGAUCUCCCUUCUGGGGUGAGGUAUCUGGCUCCAUCAUUCCAGACUGCCAUGUCCACAUGCCGACCAACGCGCGUUUCAAGCGUCAGCGACGCUGGCUGCAGGGCCUUAUGACUCCUGCUUUCCUCCAUGAUGUAGCGGCUUCUCACAUCUACGACAUUUGUUUAGACCUGAUCGAGUUGUGGGACCAGAAGUCAAGACUUACGCAAGGUCGCCCUUUUGCUGCUGCAGAUGAUGUGACUUAUAUUGCAUUAGAUGCUAUAUGGAGGAUCGUUUUCGGCGCAGAGUCAUCAGUCAGUACAACUAAGAACCAACUGGAGCUAUACUCUUCUAUACAAACAGUGCAUCUCCCCGAAGACCCGAAUGCAGAGGUUAUACUGCCCCGAGCCCCUUGCCCCCCUCAGAUCCAAUCUAUCAUCACUUUGGAGGAGAGCGGAGAGACAAGCCUCAAGUCUCCAUUCCCCAAGAUCGCCCAUUGGUUCAUAAGACAGACAUCAGGCUACAGGAAUGCAUACAAUAUUAAAGAAAAGGCCAUCAGUGAUGAGCUGAGCAAAGCUUUGAGAAGAAGGGAGGUAGUUAAGUCUGAGAAAGAUCGAAAGGUCAACUCUGCUAUAGAUGAUUUAUUGUACAGAGAGAGUCUUUUGGCUGAAAAGGAAGGAAGAGCCCCUCAGCCACUAUCACGCGGUAUUCACGACGAGAUUCUAGGGUUGCUUAUUGCAGCUCACGAUACUGCAGCGACAGCCAUAAUAUGGGGCUUCAAGUUUCUGGCAGAUCAUCCCGACGUGCAAAACAAGUUACGUUCAGACGUUCGCGCAGCACACGCCACCGCCACAAACCAGAAGAGACUACCAACAUGCCAAGAAAUCGUUUACACGACCGUCCACUACAGAGACGCAGUGAUCGAAGAGAUUAUUCGCUGCUCCCACACCGAAUCCGCGCUGAUCCGUACAGCCUUAGUAGACCUGCAGCUCCUCGGUCACCACAUCCCAAAGGGAACGGACGUUUUCUUCAUGGGCAAUGGUCCCAGCGUGUCCUAUCCCGCUUUCGACAUUGAGGAUUCCCUACGAAGCCAGACAUACCAUGCAGCAGCAGCUAAGGAAAACGAAAAGAUAGGCAGGUGGGAUCCUGAAGACAUGGGACUCUUCCAACCCGAGAGAUGGCUUGUGACCACUACCCAAGAGGAAGAUGGGGGUAAGAUUUUUAACUCAACCGCUGGGCCGCUGUUGACUUUCGGACUGGGUGAGAGGGGAUGCUAUGGACGGAAAAUGGCCUAUGUGGAGAUGAAGCUCUUUAUUACUCUGAUUGUAUGGAAUUUUGAGCUGCAAAAGUGUCCUGACGCGAUGAGUAGCUACGCUGCUGUUGAUAAGCUGGUUCAUGCACCGCAAUACUGUUUUGUUAAGCUCAGGAAACUACCUGCAUAA